AUGUCAUGCAGUAACGCUUCAUCUGUAACUGAGCCUUCCACAACCAAGCAAGUGGCCAAGCACUUGUCCUCCACCAUACCAUUGAAGUACCAGGUGGUCGUUAAGAAGGUUGUGAAGCCCGACGCCAUCAAGAUAAACAAGUGGUACACGUGCGGGUUCCUUAUCCUUGGGGUUACCUGGGACACCCUGUCGUCCGCAUUGGCGAAGAAGGACAAGCUUAAGGGCGCAGUGAAGGACACAACCGACGUUGUUGACCUUAAGAAGUUGGGGAAGCGGUGGAUGGCGGCGCUCUUCCGGUCACUGACUGGAGACAGCCUCUCUAAGGUUCAGCAGGAAGACAAGGCUACGUACGACGCUGUCUAUGACGCCUUGAAGGCGAAGCUGCAGAACGCGAUGGCAAACCAUCAGUCAGAGAAGAAGAAGUCGGACUUCUUCAAGGCCAUCAGACUGACGACUGCAGACAAGGCUAAGCUCGAGACCGUGGCGACCAUGGACGCCGUCAGUGCGACCAAGCUCUUUAAGGAGUGGGUGACUGCCCAUGUCGAGGUCAGCACUCAGCCAGCAGGUCAGGAACGCAAGAAGAGCAACCACACGGCUGCAACUGAGGGCCAGGCCAACGUUAUGGAGACGCAGCAGGAGCCCCUCGGCCAGAAGAGCAGCCGCCAGGAUGGGGAUGAGGGAGAUGAUGGGGACUACAGCGGGGAGGACGAGGGCGAGGGCAGGGAAGACGAGGGCGAGUGCGCGGAGGAUGAGGGCGGGGAGGAUGAGGGUGGGGAGGACGAGGGAGGGGAGGAUGAGGGAGGGGAGGACGAGGGAGGGGAGGAUGAGGGAGGGGAGGAUGACGAGGGGACGGGGGGCAAAGUCCUGCUCGAGGAGUACGGCAGAAGCAAGAGCCAGAAGGUCCACAGCAAGUCCGUGCCUCAACCAACUGGGCGCCGCAAGGUCCUGGUGACCGGAAAACAUGACAAAGGUAAAUUGUAG